GGGACUUACGUUCUAACUAGCACAAUAACACUCUCAGUUUGCUUGACCCCAAAUUUUGUGCACUCUCGACUUGGUUCGAUACUCUUACGCCUAGUUUCCUAGGCCCCCGGGUUCCUUAACCCAACAUUGGUGCUCUCGUUGAGAGUGUCGAACACAUCAAGCGUGCUCCCAAAUAUUAUUGCGUCGAGAAGGGUAACUAGUUCAUCUAUCGCCAACGCCGGUGGUGGUCUCAGGAUGACCUUCACGGCGCCGAUCGGCGCAGGUCAUGACUAUUUGGACGUUAGCCUCAACGACGUCACUAGCCAGAACACCACUGAUCUACGCCACCGCAUUCCCAGGCGGCGAACGACGAAUGCUGGGGGGUCUCAAGCACCUAUGCCCACCCACGGCGACGGCGUUCUGACUCAACCUUCUCCCAACGGGCUCGUGUGUGGGGGAGGCAUGAUGUUGCCUGGUGACUUUCGGUGCGAGGACCCCAGGCCUAGACCCCAGCGGUUUUUGGGCCAUGAUGAGGGCGAUGAUGUUCAAUCAACCCAUGACUGGUUUCCAUAUGCCAGUCACAGUGCCGACCGGGACAACGACAAGGCCCCGGAGCGUAGGGCCAACAAGAAGCUAGCUAGCCGGCGAGACAAGGAUACGGCAAGUAAGCGGCAUGAACCCCUAAAGGAAGGGCAAGGCGAGAGUGAAUCACACGUGUCCGUGUUUAGCCGGAUGCGGGUGUCGGCAACAGAACGAUUACAUGGCCGACGAAAUGCUUUCAUGCAGGACGGAGUAGGGAAAAUCAGGAUGCCCUGCGAGGAACAGUGUGACCGACACAGAGAAGUCCAUCCGGAAAGGCCGAAUUCCCAGAUCAGGCAACCCAUCCAGCAUCCGAUCCUGAGAGCGCCGCAGGGGGCACCCGACGCGGUGGAUGGGGGCGCAGGCAGGUCGGGGGAUGAACGCCUCGAAUUUCUCUUACAAAGGCUUGACGCCUUAGAGAAAAGAAGCGGGCCUGGGCACGUGACCGAACCUAUGUUCAGACUCCGUUCUCCUUUCUCGGAGAGGAUUCUGAGGGCAACUUUGCCGAAUAGCUUCCAAAUGCCACCAAUACCGAGGUAUGACGGAACUGCCGACCCACAGGAGCAUUUCAACCGAUACCAAACCCUCAUGAACGUGGUGACGUUCUCCAAAGAGAGGUUUCUAGUACACUUCGCCGGCAACAGGAAGAAGAAGCUGCAUUUUUCACACCUCUUGUCAGUCAGACAGAGGCCGGACGAGCCAUUGAGGGAGUUCCUGGCGAGGUGGAAGUUGGAAACCACCAGAGUCUACGGAGCAGAUGACAAAACCAGGUUGUCCACUUUUCAUAUGGUCCUACGAUCGGGUGACUCCUUGAAGCGCUUAGCUUUGGAGAAGCCGAGGGAGUAUGUCAUCGCGCUAGCCAUGGUAGAGGACGAAGCCGAAGCAGAGGAAUUGGAAGAAAACAAGAAGAAAGAGGAGGCAGGAAGGCUAGGGACCACGGUGGCAGCGGCGAGGCCCCCAGCGAGGAAGGUCACCAUCGACGAGAGGUCACAUUUGCCGGCUGGACUUUGUUUCCGGAAGGGCAGAGACCAGCGGGACCGACGGUCUUUCGGAAAGGACGUAUACAAGGAAGGGGUGGAUGACAGGAAGCCCUAUCCCCCCAGAGGUCCUAAGCUGAUAUUUCUAGAUGAGCUCACACCUCUAACACACCCCGUCAGCGCCAUCCUGGAUUUCGCCGAGCAUCAAGGCUUGGUGGAGUAUGACCCGAGAUUUCCUCCAAUUUGCACUGUGGGUGACGGUCCUUACUGCAGGUUGCACAAAGCAGCCGGCCAUGACACGGACGCAUGUAAAGUCCUCAAGAGAGAGAUCGAGAACUUGAUCCAGGCCGGAUACUUGAGGCAGUUCAUCAAAAAGAAGAACACAUGGCGCAAAGACGAUGGAAAGAAAAAUGUGGACAACCGAGGGAAGAACCCGGCGGGAACCCAGCAGAAGAAGAGGAAGGAGAUAGGCCUUCCGAGUGACGAGGAAGAAGAAGCUAACCCUAGGCAGAAGAGGGUUGAAGAGAACCGAAUGAUCUACGGUGGUAACACCGGAGGGGAUAGUGCCGAGCAGAGGAAGAAGUUGGUGCACUCGGCCUACGUCGGGGACCUUUGCAGCGCACCUGGACCGUCAAAGGUCACGAAGACAGAGCCCCUCCUAUUCGGUCCCAAGGACCUACCUGAGAUCCCAUCCCCACACAGAGAAGCCCUGGUCGUUAAGUGCGAGAUCAACGAGGUGGUAAUUCACCGUUCUUACAUUGACAAUGGGAGCUCGGUCAACAUCAUGUAUGUGAAGACAUUUGAUGAGUUGGGAUUGAAGAAAGAGCUUUUGCGAAGAGUAAGGACCCCCUUGUCCGGGUUCACAGGAGACAUCAUCGAUUCAGAAGGCCUGAUCGAGGUGAUGGUCACUUUCGGUGAUGGGGAGCACAAGAGGACUAUACCGGUCGAGUUCAUGGUGUUCCCAACUGUUUCGGGAGUGGGAGUGUGUAGAGGAAACCAGAGGAUCGCCCGGCUCUGCUACCAAAAGCAAACAAAGAAGAUGGAUGCCCAGGAUCUGAGGGUAGACAGCAUUGCCACAACACUUUUGAAGGAGGAAGAAGGACGUCCUCGGGCCGAGCCGGCUGAGGAGACAGAAGAUGUGGUGAUCAUGGAAGAUCAACAGGAGAAGAAGAUCAAACUCGAUAUCAACAUCGGUGCCGAGCUUCGGUCAAAAAUCAUUCAGGUGCUCAAGGAAAAUUUCGUGGUGUUCGCUUGGAGCGUCGAGGACAUGCCCGGAGUUAGCAAGUCCUUGAUCACCCACCGCCUCGCGGUGGGACCGGAUGCAGAGCCCGUAAAGCAGAGAAGGCGGCACCUGAGCAAAGACCAGAGGGAUUUCAUGAAGAAAGAGGUGGACAUGCUUCAAGCAGCGGGGCAUGUCAAGGAGAUCAAAUACCCCACCUGGCUGGCCAACGUCGUGCUGACGCCGAAGGGGCAGACGUUCAGGAUGUGUGUGGAUUACACUGAUCUGAACCGAGCUUGUCCUAUGGACCCCUUCCCCUUGCCCAACAUCGAUCAGAUGAUCGACGAGACGGUCGGGUGCGAGGUAAUGUCUUUCGUGGAUGCAUUCAGAGGAUAUCACCAGGUGUUCAUGCACGAGGAGGAUGCCGAGAAGACGGUAUUCCUCACCCUGGAGGGGGUGUAUUGCUAUUUGGUGAUGGAGUUCGGCCUGAAGAACAGCGGGGCCACAUACACAAGGAUGGUCAGCCGAGUGUUCCACUCGGUCUUGGGAAAGACGAUGGCCGCGUACGUGGACGACAUGAUCGCCAAGAGCAAGCCUACUUCCGACCAUGCGGAGGACCUCAAAAAAUGUACAUUUGGUGUAGAAGGAGACACUCAACGCCCCAUCUAUUAUGUCAGCAGAACCUUGAGGGAUGCCGAGCUCCGAUACUCGGUGGUGGAGAAAACUGUCCUGGCCUUUGCUAACACGAUCAAGAAGCUGAACCAUUAUUUUCAGGCCCACGAAGUGGAGGUGAGGAGUCAUCAGCCUCUGAGCAUCAUCUUCCAGAAUCUAACCGCCUCCAACAGGGUCAUCAAGCGGUCUGUCUAUCUGAGCCAAUAUCAGAUAGAGAUGAAGCCGAGGACAGCGAUCAAGGCCCAAGCUCUGGCCGAUUUCAUGUUCAAGGUAUCCAACAAUGAAGCAGAGUAUGAGGCUUUGCUGAGCGGCUUGAGGAUCAUCCUCAACUUGAAGGCCGAGUACGUCACGAUCAGGUGUGAUUCGCGCCUGGUCGUUAGUCAGAUAAAAGGAGAGUUUGACACCAAGGAAGAGUGGAUGCGCCUGUACAAGGAGGCGGCCCUAGAAUUGCUCAAGACCCUCAAAGGAUACGAGCUGGCGCAAAUUCCUAGGGCGGAGAACACUGAGGCCGACGUCCUCUCCAAGUUGAGCAACGAUAGCCCUGAACACAUCUCCAUGAUGGCUCACAUCGAGGACCUGGGAUCCCCAAGCAUUCAUGUGCAGCUCAUAUCUGUUAUCACCGGGGAGACCGACGGCUGGAUCACGGAGUUGAUCCGAUACAAGAAAGAUGGAAUCCUUCCCAGCGGCGAGACGGCGGCCCGUUUGAUCAAACGCAGGGCGCCAACGUAUGUCAUUGACAGUUGUAGUUUUUCAGAAUAUGAUGUAAAUGAUAAGAACGAAAUGGACUUAUCAGUCAUUGAGAAUGGCCGACUAUAUAAAAGAUCGUACAACGGCACACUGUUGAGAUGUGUUGACGAGGCCAGGGCAGAAGAGAUCAUGGAAAAAGUCCAUGAGGGGGUAUGCGCGGCACACCAAGGUCCUUUCUCCAUGGCUAGACGCAUAAUCCUACAGGGAUACUUCUGGCCGACCAUGGUGAAGGACUAUGCCAUACGCGCUAAGCGCUGCAAAAUCACUACAGAUAACGGGAACCAGUUCCAGGAUGGAGAUUUCAACGAACUCUUGCAAGGAUGGAAGAUAAGACACACCUACAGUUCUGUGGCUUACCCGCAAGGGAACGGCCUAGUGGAGAAUGCCAAUUGGACGAUCAUGGAUGGUAUCAAGAAGAGACUUGAGUCCUACAAAGGAGCAUGGGUGGACCAACUCCCCAACGUACUAUGGGCGUACCGCACCACUCCAAGGAGGGCGACGGGAGAGACACCGUUCUCCAUGUGCUAUGGCCUGGAGGCAAGGGCGCCCUCAGAAGUGUUCGUUCCAACCUGGAGGGAGGAAAACUAUGAAGCUCGAGAAAACGAAGAAACCAUGACGGCCGACUUCCAUUUUGUUGAGGAACGUCGGGAGCGAGCUUUCCUCAGAGCAGAGAAUUACCGGAGGCAGGUCAAAGUGUAUUACGACCGCAAGGUCAGAGCAAGGGAAUUCCGAGUAGGGGACUUAGUGCACAGAAAGAGAGAAGCUAGUCAGCCCACAAAAGGGGGAAAGUUUGCCAAAAGCUAUGAAGGACCAUACAAGGUCACAGCCGUGCUCAGGCCAGGCACAUACAAGCUCUCCACACUUGAAGGUCGCGAACUCGGCAGGCACUGGAACACGCACAAUCUUAUUUCCUUCUACAUGUAAUACACUGAGAACCGUAACCAGUCGGCCUCGGUAGCCAAAAAAAAUCUACCUAAUGAAAUUCUUGCUUCCACGCGAAUUCAGUCUUGCUUUUACAUAA